CGGAUAAUUUUUCAAUGAUUUUGCACUGGUGAUGUAGAUUCUAUAGAAAAAUAGUAAUACCAGUAAACAUGAGUGCUAAAAGUGCUAAAAGUGCUAAGAGUGCAAAGAAAGGCAAAAGUAAAGAAAAGGAAACCAAGAAAGAUGCAUCAGGUAGCUGGAGAACCCUGAUUGAAAACAUGCCACUUGAUGAUGAGUGCCCUGUAAAAGUGAUAAUAAUCGAUGCUGCUGGCGGAGUUCAAGAUCGGCUUUAUCUUGAAAAGUUUGAAACUUUUUCACAAACAGAUAAGCGUUUUGUAAUAAAGAAUAUUAGCAAAAAUGAAACGUAUUUUAUGGUCAAACAACUGGGACAGGAUACUAAAGAUGAAAACAAAGUUUUCGCAGAAGCUCAAAACUUCAUAAAAGAAAACUCUGAAAUCCCCUCGGAUUUCACAGCCCUCAUAAUUAAGCAUCUUAUACUGAAGUUAAUAGAAGAGUAUUUGUAUAUCAAGAAAGAGAAGAUAAAAAUUAGAGAAGGAUUGCAAAAAGAAUCUGCUACUAUGCUAGGCAGUGCAGAAGUCAAAGGAUCAGUUAAUGUCAAGGCAAAUGUCACUGAAGAACCUCCUAAAUCACCAAAACAAAAGGCUAAGAAAGGCAAAAAAGGUAAAAAAGUAAUAUCUCCCGAAAGAGAAAAUGUUCACGAUGAAGACAAAAAGUUCCAUACCCAACUUAGGGUUCGAGGAGAGGAAUGGAGAGACAGAGUAUAUGUGGAAGACUAUCCUAUUGAUGGUCCUAACCUAUACAUUGCAGUCACCAAUUUUUCAGAUCCAUACCUUCCUUCAUGUCUAAAUAGUAUCGGAAUUCCAGUAACUGCAGUUGUACAAGUAAGGAUAGAGAUGCCAAUAAAUAAAGUUCCUUCAGGACUAACACAUACCACUAACCGAGGUCAAAGUCAAACUGACUUAAUAAUGGAUAAAACGUUGAAAUUUUGGAAAGAUUUGCUUCAGUUGCGAAUCGAUAAAAAUACAGCAGAUACUCUGAAAAAUACAGCAUUUAUUCUAUACACUCCUCCAUAUUGGGACUCUGAUGACCUAACCGCUGAAUCUGAAAAAAUCUAUGAUGAAAUAUGUUUCCUUAUGUAUGACGUCCAAGAUUUAACCAGGCAACAUAUGAACUUUCUCGAUAAUAUUGAAAUACAUGAAUUGCCGGAGUUAAACGAUAAUGAAAUAUUGUUAAAAAAUUAUCAAGCUAUUCUAGUAAAUUUACCUUUUGAAUGCACAACAAUUUACUCAAUAAUAGAUAGUAUGAUGAGUGCUGUGGAUUUACAGGAUACAAACUCUGCAGUUUCCUCUGCUUCUUCGAAUCUAAACAUUCAUGGUUCAUCACAGAUCCAAGGAAACGAGAAAAUAAAAAAAUCCAAACACGUUGUAUCGGAAGUUUUCAAAUCUCUCUGCCAGACUGAUAAAAUAAAGAAAACCUAUCGUAUAUCCUAUGGCAAAGAAUUCGAAAGUAUGGAUAAACCAAUAAUAACUAACUUUGGUGACAAAGCCAGACAUACCACAUAUCAUCUAGGGAACUUAAAUCUGCGUAAUAUCAUAGUAUCAUCCUUAAAACACUUUCCACUAUUCAGAUUAUGGUAUAAUUUCCAUGCAAUAAAGAAAGACAUAUUAGCAAAGAUAAAUUUUCAUGUGAACGUAUUACUAUGUAGUUUUGAGCGAGAAGAUGUAGAAACUGCGGAACUGAGAAGACUUAUUCAUAUAUUGAUAUUUAAGAAGUUAUAUAAUAAUCGUAGCUCGUUAAAAGAACUAGAAAAAACACAAUCAACUAUUUCAAAAUUUAAAAAGAAUUAUCUGAAACGCACUUUAAUGGCGGAACCGAUUUUGAGAUUUUCAUCGGCAAGCGGGAGUCACACAUCUCUUCCAAAUAUAAGUCAAAGUGAAACUUUAAAUCCCUCCAGCACUGUAAGUUCCGAAGAUGAUGAAGAAACAAAGUUCAUAAAAGCACUAUUCGAGUGUCCAGAUAUUACUGAAUUAAUUACUACAGAAGAAAUAAAAACAGGAGUUUCUACAAAUCAUCUCAUAGACGAUUUUGAUUACUAUGAAGAUUUUGAAGAUAUAUGCGCUUACCAAGUACUUCUAGAUGCGUUUAAUGAAUUUAGCUGCAUCAAUUAUAGUUAUUGUGAAGUGACAGACUGCAUAUUGAUGAUGUUCUUUGAUUCUCACGAUUCAGACGGCUUAUAUCGCCACGAAUGGAGAAGUCAUAUUCCUACGGCUUUGUGCUUACAAGAUUUUUUUGACUUUAUAUUAGAAGAUUAUUAUGAUUGGAUACUAGCAGAAGAAGCAAAACAUGAUGCAAGAAUUCAGGUGCAUUCCAAUGAAGAUGAAAGUAAAACUGUUGUUAUGACACCAUGUUUAGACCAGAUUGAAGUUGAUAUGGAUAUAAUAUUGGAAGGUUCUCUUAAAUAUCAAGAUAUUGUACAAAUUGAUAAUAAUAAUUUAUCUUUGCCUUCGUCAUCGACUAAAAUGACUUCUACUGCUACCUCUAAUCGAAGCCGAUCAAAGAAAAAGACUUCUAAAAGAACUACAGAUUCAUCACCAGAACCGAAACCCGCUGUAGAUGUAUCUGUUAAUGAUAUACAAGAAAAAAAUCUAAAGCCGUUUUCAGGAUACAAUUUAGGGGAUAGAAGAGUAGAAGCAUUUGGGAAAGAUCAUAGUUACUACAGUAAAGAUGGCACAAAGGUAAGAAGUUAUUACAACUUACUUAUUCCGAAUAAUGUGGAAAUAGUUGCUUUAAAUAUUGUCACAGGCAAUGGAAACAACGAAAUAUUUGUUCACAAAAUACUGGGAGAGCUACUGUCAUCUGAAGAAAAAGAAGUAUGCCAAUCAUUUAAAAUUAUUUGCAAGGAUAACUUAAUGAUUAAUAUGAAAAAACAAACCCAAAAUGGUUUUAUUGGUAAUGAUUUAGAAAAAGGUGUCACUAUUGCACAAUCCAAUUACGAUAAACUUGAUAGUGAGCCAAUUAGAGAUAGUCACCCAUGUUAUACUCUUUAUAUAACAUGGCCGAAUGGACUUGUUAUUGAAACAGUCUACGAUGAUUCUCCUUCAAUAUCUCAUAUAAAACAAACAUACACUUCUAACCCUCCAAAAUCGACAGAAGAGACGCGUUGUAUAAAUUUAAAUGGAGAAGUAGUCAUAUUCAAAUCUACUGGACAAAUUGAAAUAUGCAAACCAGAUGCAACUUACAUAAAUAUAAAUCAAUAUAGAAAAACAUCUAUAGUAAAAGAUAAUGAAGAUAUAAGAAGCGCAGCUAGUUCAUCAAGAAGUAAAGAAAAAAACAAUAAAAAUAUUAUAAAAAGCCCCAAAAUCUCCGAAACAGCUGAAACGGAACCGGUCCCAAAACUCACGUACGAUCUUUUAAUCGAAAAAUAUGAGCUGAUAGAACCUGAUGGUGAGAAAUACGAAUUUAUUGAUGAAGAGCUAAUUUCAUCAGGACGCCUUUUAACGCGAACGGCUACUGAUUAUAACUUAGGAGAAGUAUUUCUGAGGCGCGGUGACGGAACAAAUAUUUUAUGGAACAGUGAUGGAGUGCAAACAGUAACAUUUCCUAAUGGUAUUAGAAUAAUUACAUUCGUUAUUGUUGAAGAAGAAGAAAUAUAUCCCGAAUGGACUAAAGAAGAAUUAGAGUUUAUAAAAUUAUUCGAAAAUAACGUCCAUAGCAGUUUAUCUUCAAAAUCUCAUAGUGAAGCAGAUAUUUCACAACAAACAGUAAAAGAAAUUUUAGAAGAAGAGCCUCAUCUAUCGGAUGGGUAUAUCAGUGUACAUAUUGAAUAUACUAUUGAGCAUAAUAACUAUGCUACUGUGAGUAUUGAUAGAUGCAGCAACAACAUUAAAAUUGUUUCCCCCAACAAUACGAUUGUCACAAUUGACAUCAAUAACAUAUUUCACAUGAAACUUGAUGAUGAUACAGUAGCUAAUUUUGAUGGGAACAUGUUACAUGUUGAUUAUGAAGCGUGCCCCACGUGUAAAACACACACUACCUGCGAUAUUCAAAUAGAUCACAUUGAUAGCAAUAUCAACAACACGGAAAAAAUGGACAUCCCUUGGCUCCAAAUGCAAGAUUCAUUUUGCAAAAGAUUAAUUGCAAACAAUGAAGGCGCUUUAAGUCUUCUUGAAAACAAUGUUUCUCAAGAAUCAGCCAAAGAGCAUUCAACGUGCAUGGAUAGCAGCAGUUCUAAAAGCACAGUACAGGCCGAGUACGAGCUGACUGAAGAAAUUAAACAGGAACCGAGACAUAGGGACUGCCGUGAGAGAAUCCUGGCUAAAUCUUUAAGAUUUUUCGUCCUCAAACGAAAUAUGUCGUGUUCAGAGCUGGUAAACAGGAAGCUUGUGGAAGAGUAUUGGAAGGCUUGUGAGAGAUUCUCGUGGUGCAGCACUAAUAGCUACGACACGUUCGGUGACCACCGCCGCCUCGUCUCCAUCUUAUACCCUCUCUUCGUAACUGAGACCGAGAAAUGGCUGAUGGACUCCAAACUUACCGACAAACCACAAAAUUUAACAUUUAAAGAUCUGAAGAAAGAUUGUAAGAAGGGUUUUUACUCUUGGAUGAGACCUUACGGUCGUUUUGAACCAGAACCCAAAAAGCCUAAGUCUGUGUUUCCACCUUUGCCCAGGGCUUUUGUGUUGAGGAUAUUAGAACAACAGUGGAGGGGGGAAGAUAGAGCCUCUCUAAAAGGUGCAAGGGAGCUUGUACAAGCCAUAAUAAAAUACUCUGAAGUGAUGGAAUCAGAUUGUCAUGCUAUACUUCAAAAUCCUAUAAUAGAUCACAGGGCUCACGUUGAGCGAAAGACUCACAAAGCUCUUCAAGCGCUCGGAAAGAGGAUUUAUGAUGAGUUGAAACACAAAAUAGCUGACGAUAUUUCUUCAAGAGCCAAGAUUUCUUUAACUACCGAUCCAGCCAAAAUCGUUUGUGAAGAGACUAUUUCAGGAGAAGGGAGUUACAUAUCGGAGACGGUGCCGGGUGAAAGCGGUAAUCUCGAGGAACUCGACAGUAUAGUAAAGAUGAGUCCAAACCUACAGAGGUACUGGGAACGAAGGGCUGAAUUGCUGAAGGAGGAAGAAUUCUACCUAUAUCUCCUUCGAGAAUCCGGAGUGCCUCCUUAUUUCUUGAACAUGCUUGGGGGCGCGAUAUGGUGGGAGGUGAACCACUUGGUGGACGUUGCUGCAGGCGAUGGCCAGAAAAAAACGACACAGUGCAUCUGUGCAGCAGACAUGGAUUUAAAACAUGAUGAGGCUGGAGACAAAGAGGGUCACGGAGAAGGAGGUGAGGCUACGCCGACUACGAAUAGACAAUCGAGAACAAAGUCCUACUUGUGGGAUGAAGAAACUAAAGAACCGUCUCAGUGAAUGUAUUUAGAAUUUUAAUGUAUUUGGGUUAAAGGAAUUUCGAUUUAGUUUUGUUAUGUAGGUCCACCUCACCUACUGGGUUCGGUGUAUA